AUGGCAUUCGCUGGAAAAGAUCCACUAAGAGCUCCAAUAUCUCUUGCUCUAGACAUAGAGGGGAAUGGAAACCCUUUGGGUAAUGGACUCGGUCGAGCUAGGCAAACUCGACCGAUUGGUCAAGGAGAUGCUCCAAACCGCCACCAACAGAGACAAGGGAUUGUUCCACCACCAGUGCAGAACCACAACUUUGAGAUCAAGCUGGGAAUGAUCAACCUUGUCCAGAACAAGAUGUUCCAUGGAUUGCCAAGUGAAGACCCCAUUGACCACCUUGAUGAGUUUGAUAGGCUUUGUGAUUUGACAAAGAUCAAUGGUGUCUCUGAAGAUGCCAUCAAGCUGAGACUCUUUCCUAUGUCUCUAGCUGACAAAGCUCACCAAUGGGAGAAGAGCUUGCCCCAUGGCACAAUCACCACUUGGGAUGAAUGCAAGAAGGCCUUUCUUGCUAAGUUUUUCUCCACCGGUCGCACAGCCAAGCUUAGAGGAGAGAUAUCCAGCUUCAUCCAGCGAACAAUGAGACAUUCGCAGAGGCUUGGGAGAGGUUCAAAGGCUACACAAGUCAGUGCCCACACCAUGGAUUCAACAAUGAAUCACUACUCUCCACUCUUUAUAGAGGAUGCUUGCCUAGAGUAUGAUCGCACCAACCGGAGCUCGACCCACCACUCGAUCGAGUCAGAUGAGAGAAAAGAUGUUAAGGCAUUGAAUGAGAAGUUGGAUAAGCUGAUCCUAGCUCAGUCCACAAUGAAGAAAGUCAACUUUGUGUCUGCUGAGGAGAUGGAACCAGUCCAAGAAGGGGAGGAUACACAAUUUGCUGAGGUGUGCUACAUGAGCAAUGGGCAAGGAGGUUACAACAAAGGAUACUAUAAUUACAAGUCCAACCCAGCCAUGUCAUACCGCAACACUGAUGUUGCUAACCCUCAGGACCAAGUCUAUCCUCAACAACAGCAAGCUCGAUCGAGUCAAGCCCCACAACAGGGUAUGGUCAAAAGAACAACUACCAAGGCCCCAAGGGACUUUUCCUGGGUUUACUCUCUGGAGAAUCAUGCUUCUUCUGUUGCUGCUGCUACAAAGCAAGGACAACUACCUGGUAAAGCUAUUCAGAACCCCAAGGAACAGUGCAAGGUCAUCUUCACUCAAGAAGGACUUGUUGAAGAAGAGGAUCAAGAAAGGGUCAUUGAAGAUUUUUGUUUACUGCUGAAUGAUGAAGAGAUUGUUGCUGCUGAGGCUCCUGGAGUCCAGAUUGAUCAACCAGAAGUGCAGGCACCUACUGUGGCCAUUCACACUUCACCAGUUGAGCUCGCACGACAAGCUCGAUCGGCAGCUCGAUCGAGUCGAACUCUAGCUCGAUCGAGUCCGACCUCUUCUGUCCGACAACCUGUUUUGCUUGAUCCUUACCAACCGGUUGCCGCUUCCUCGUCUCGCCUACUUAGUCAAGGUCACAAGGAAGUGAUUCACAAGUUCAGAAGAGAUCUCAGUGGGAUUGGAAUUGAGUUGCCUCCUAUGGAUAGCAUGAGUGAGGCAUUUGAUCAAAUGCAAAUGGUCAAGGAUGUUCUAGCCAACAGUGAUAAAGUUUCAGAGGUCCUACAAGAGUCUACUCAUCAGUUCAACCUGCUUACUUCACCCACCUUCCUACCAAAGGUCAAGGAUCAAGGGAAAUUCACUCUCCCUUGCACACUUGGGCAUCUUGAGCUUGACAAUGCCUUAGUGGAUUCUGGAGCAAGCAUCAAUCUGAUCUCUCUCUCCAUGGCAGAGAAGCUAGGCAUAGCUGGAGCCUUGCAGCGCCCUACUACUUCAAUCAUCUUUGGAGAUGCAACUACUAAGUCUCCUCUUGGAGUGUUCAAGAACUAUCACUUGAAAAUUGGAGAAUGCAUCAUCCAAACUGAUCUCACUGUGAUGGAAAUGGAAGAAGAGAAGGAUUUGCCUCUGUUAUUGGGAACCCCUUUCCUUAGUACAGUUGGCGCUUCAAUAGACUUUCACAAGCAAGAAGUGAUCCUUCACAAGGUGAAUAGUUUGGUGUCAUAUCGCUUGCAGCCUAGAGGUUCAGACUUUUGUGCCACAAUUGACAGUACCAAUCUCAGUUCUAAGAGUCAUGGAGCUACAAAGGUUGUGAAGGAAAGGGUUGACAAGGAACCAAGAGUUGGGAAGGAUAAGGAUGAGAGAGGACCAAGGAUUGAGAAGCCACGUCUUGAGAGGGCUAGAGUUGAGAAACCACGAUCUGAUAGGCCAAGAGCUGAGCGACUUGUUCAAGCCCCUUGUGUGCUUGAUGAAGAGAGCCUUCAAGCUUUGUUUGAUGAGCCACUAGGAAGGGCUCUAAAAGAAGGGGAGGAUGUAGCCUCUAAGGCAAGACCAGGGAUAAAAGAAAAGAUCCACCAGCUCAGGCCCCUUCAUCAAGCCAUCUCAGCUCACAAUGACCUUGUUCCCCACCAAGUUUGA